AUGAGCAAACCUUGGAUCUUUGUAUCACCUUCAACCCGAGGAAUUGGAUACGCUCUUACUCGGCAUCUUCUCCAAAAGACAUCCCUUCCCAUUCUUGCCACAGCCCGUCUCCGCCACGACCCAGAAGAUGUCAAAAGGUCACUCCUUGGGGACCUCCCCGAGAAAGACGGCCUCGCGAAGCGUCUCUCCAUAGUUCACGCGGAUGUCACAGACGAAAAGUCUCUUCGCGAUGCUGCGUCUAGAGCUGCUGAGUUGUUCCCGACUGACAAGCAUCACCUACGCCUUGCUUGUGCCGUCCCUGGUAUUCUCAGGCCUGAGAAGAACCCCAGCCAAAUCGACGCCGACGCCAGCCUGGAUCAGUUCCGUAUCAACACAGUCGGGCCUCUCCUCCUGAUCAAGCACUUUGAUCAAUUCCUUCCCAGGCGGACCACAGAGCUGGAGUCAAGUCCUGAGGACGACGAAGUCAAGAUGCCCUCUCACUCCGUGUGGCUCAGCAUGGCUGCUCGCGUGGGCUCAACGUCAGACAACAGAGCGGGAGGAUGGUUCUCGUAUCGAGCGAGCAAGGCGGGCGCUAUCAGCCUGGGUAAGAGCUACGACAUCUUUUUGAAGAGUCGAAGUGGUGAUAAGGCAAUUUCCAUCGCCUAUCACCCCGGAACCGUCAAGACGGAUCUAAGCAAGAAUUUCUGGAGCAGCACAAAAGAGGGCAAGCUGUUCAGCCCAGAGUAUGCCGUUGACAGGCUUGUCAGUGUUGCGACAGGUCUGAUUUUGGAUGACCGAGGCAAGUGUUGGGAUUGGGACAAUAGGGAGAUUAUCCCGUAG